UUCAGAUUGUGGACGAGACGGCUGCCCUGACUGAGGAGCUACAAUAUAUUUUGUUUGGUUGAGCCUUUUGUAACAUGUUAAACACGUCGCCAGCGUGACAUUUCAGCUUUGCUGUGCUGUCGUGUCUUUAUUGGUUUUCACAAUGACUCUAAUUCAAAUCUGAAAUGGCUGAUAUCACACAUGUACGCUGAGUUUUGGAAACCUCAGAAGCCACAGUCCACGUUGUGUUUCCCACAGGUGUCUGGAAAGUGAAACAGGUGCAGCAUAAAUGAGGCUCGGCAGCCUGUUCAGUGUGGCCUCCUCGCUGAGCUGCAGGUGGAUGGAUCACAAGUUCAAGGAGUACAGCGAGAGCUGUUUGGAUCUGCUGAGUGUGAUGGGUAACAACUCCACCAACAGCACUGAGGAUGCUGAAGUGCAGGACGCUGUGGCCUUCCCUGAUGAUCUGUACAACCAGGCGUCCCAAGCAUCAGCUGAGGGUAAACUGGCGUUCGCAGUUCAGGUUCUGGAUGAGACGGCGGGCCUGUUUGAGGAGGAUCACAGCUCGGCAUCAUGGGAGGAGAACACGGCGGACGACUUUGUGAAUGUUUUGACCAAGCAGGCCGACGAGCUUCGCUCUUGUGUAAGCAUCAGUGCGGACUGGAACAAGAAGCUGCACAUGUAUUUCAAGAGGCUGUCGAGCCUUGUUAAGAGGAUGGACCACAGCGCUGACGUCUGGGAGGUGGUCAGGAAGCAAAUCAAAAGCCAUCUGAUGAGCACAGACCUGCUGGUUUCAUCUCUGCUCCCCACAAACUGA